UGUGGUAAAUAUUAUUUGUGUUUGGAGCUCACAAGUUAUGAGAGCGAGUGAACGAUGGCAGAAUUUUCAUUUUGUGGUGAACUAACCCUUAAAAUGCUAAUCUGAGGCGAGCCGGUUCCCUAUAUUCUCAAAUUACGCCAUUGCUUGACUGACAAUUCAUUUGCUAACUGUUAAAUUAUCAUAGGUAAAUAUGUCGUCUGGGGAGUUUCCUUCAGAUGAGAUUCCUGCACAGUUUCUCGAGAUGCAGGAUCGUGUGCUUUAACAGUGUAUUGGAAGGCCUCGUGUGGUUUGGAUAUUUGAAAGCAGGUUAACGUUGAGGUUUGUCGUUCUGUCAGUUAUUUCAUGUAAGAGGUGAGCACUGAGCAUCGUAUUUGCAACUUACAACAAUGAGAACCAGAUUCAUCCAAAGAUAAAACACCUGCUCAGGAGGAUUACAAGACACAGAAACACCGCAUCUCUCAAACAUGUCCAUCACUGUGCUGUUAAAGAAGAUAUUCAAUCUACCCGGGAAAUAUGACAGGAAAGUGGAAUUGUCUUUUAGAGGUUUUACUCACAAAACCAAGAUUCUUCAGUGUGAGAAUAUAGCCAUCUUCAAUGAGCAUUUCAGAUGGCCUCACUAUGGGAAGGUGGAGAGGGAUGAAGUUCUGUCCAUCAGUGUAUUCAACUGCAGUAAGAUGUUCAGCAACAGACUGCUGGGGAAGCUGGUGAUCAGCCUGCAGCAUGUGGUUUCUGUGGGUCAGCUGAUCCUCCGAGAGCCUCUAACAGACGCUCAGCACAGUCUGACUGAUAUGUACAUUGAGCUGGAGGUGAAGUACAGUCCUCUUCAGGGAGCAGCAGGAGGCUGGGACAGUCAAGACUUCAUCAGAGAAGAGGACAGCGAUGGCUCUGAGCUUGUCAUUAGAAACACCGGCUUCACAGAACCGAGGCAGGACAUCUCCAGCACAUUCCAUUUAUAUACACUAUCAUAUCUUUUAUUCAGUGCAUUCAGAUUGAUUUUCUUUAAAUAAUUCAC